AUGGAGAGGGACCGAGCGAUAUUGAUCGCGCUCUACGAGGCAACGGACGGUGCCAACUGGACUAACAACACCAACUGGCUCACCGACGCGCCCAUCGGGGAGUGGCACGGCGUUACCACCGAUGGCGAUAGCCGGGUUUCGGGGAUUGUUUUAGGCCAAAACGGGUUGACGGGUAAUCUACCGGCCGAAUUGGGCGGUUUAGCGAGUUUGACCAACCUGAGCCUUUGGGGCAACCAGUUGACGGGGCCGGUCCCGCCUGAACUGAGCGAUCUUUCCGACCUGGAGCGCCUGGACCUGGGCGGCAAUGACCUGACCGGUGGCUUUCCUGCUUGGCUGGCCAAUCUUUCGGGCCUUACCAACCUAUCACUAUGGGGGAACGAACUGUCCGGGCCAAUACCCUCCGGUCUCGGUCGUCUGCAAAAUCUCGAAACCCUGGAUAUCAGGACAAACCAGCUGACCGGCACGAUACCGCCCAGCCUGGCCAACCUCUCAGACCUUAGAAACCUGCUCCUGAACGACAACCAAUUGUCUGGAUCAGUACCCGAUUGGCUCACCGGCCUGACGAAGUUGGAACGACUGCAACUUGCCGGCAACGCCUUGACCGGCUGCAUACCGCCUGCUCUGCAAAACGUCGCGACCAACGACCUGGCCGAGCUCGACCUUCCGUCCUGUGACGCUGACACCGUGUCGUCGUCCCUGCCCGAUGGUUCCGGUGUCCUGACCUUCGACGACCCCGAUGUGCCCCAUCUGAAGUGGGAGGUUGGCCCUGAGGUUCUCGAGGAGUAUUACCAGUAUGCCCGCGCCGGAAUUGUCUAUCUGCACCGGUAUGCGGCCCCGUUGGGCCUGCCCCCAUUGCCGGAUGACUCAACCUUUUAUCUUUACUACAACCUCGACUUGGCGGCCAGGACAUUGGCGCGGCUGGAGAACAGGAGCGUUGAAAGUGCCCGGAGUGCUUUCGUCGAUGACUCGUGGGGAGGAUUGGCGGGCCUGGAAGAUGUGGAUUCGGGUUGGACUAUGCUCAAUCUGCCCUCCCUUGCCCAGGACGGUCAGCCCAGAGGUUUUAUGAAAGUCGCCGCCCACGAGCUGUUCCACGUGUAUCAAUAUACGUUGCAGGGAUACGGCAGGUUCUCCUUUACCCACUCAGAAGUGCGGGUUAUUGGUCCGGCCUGGAUGCAGGAAGGAGUUUGCGAAUUCCAAGCGAUAGCGGCGUUGGCAAAAGGGGGCAUCUGGCCUUACGCGCAAAGUCACCAGCGUUACGCCAACGAGGCGCGUGAGGUGGAUGUUUCCCUCCGGGAGAUGGAAACCUACAACGUGCUGCUCGACGGACCCGGCCGGUUCGCACUGGCUACGAUGGGAGCGGAGUUCCUUGCAGCGAAGGCUGGCGAAGAAGCGUUGAUGACCUUCUGGACACUGCUGGGGCCCGGCACCACCUGGCAAGAGGCAUUUAACACCGCGUUCGGCAUGACCAUCGACGAUUUCUAUUCGUUGUUUGAAGAGCAUCGCGCUGCCGGGUUCCCCGCACCGGAUUUGCCGGGCGCCGUGCCGCGUUUUCCUUUAGCGGAGACGGACCGAGCCGCGUUGACGGCUCUGUACAACGCCACCGGUGGCGCAAACUGGGCAAACAGCGACAACUGGUUGAGCGACGAACCGGGGAACCAGUGGCAUGGUGUAAACAUCAACUCUGACGGCCACGUCACUCGGCUGGACCUCCAGGAAAACCAGUUGCAUGGGACUAUUCCAGCGGAGUUGGGCAGCCUCGUCGAUUUGGAAAGGCUGAUCCUAUUCGACAAUGGAUUGACGGGAGAGAUUCCGAAUGAAUUAGGCAACCUCGCCGGCUUACGGCAACUGGAACUCGCCAACAACCGUCUCGACGGCGCCAUACCAGCCAGCCUGGGCAACCUGUCCAGCCUCACCAACCUGGGUCUCGACCACAAUCGACUCACCGGGACCAUUCCCUCGGCUCUGGGCAGCUUGUCCAACCUGAACGGUCUCUGGCUACAAGGCAACGAACUUAGUGGCGAAAUACCCGCCAGCUUGGGCAAUCUUAGCAAUCUGACGCGUCUGUCCCUCGCCCGUAACCAACUAUCCGGACCAAUACCGCCCCAACUGGGCAAUCUAUCCAAGCUGGAACUCAUCCGACUUGCCGAAAACGCGUUCACUGGCUGCGUGCCAGUCGCCCUGCAAAAUGUUGCCAACAACGACCUCGUCAACCUUGGCCUUCCUUUCUGCUGA